ACCACCUGGAGACAGUCCUGGUCGCCGUAACCUUUUGCUAUUCGGAUGCAACCACCUCAGAAGUUCCCCUUGCCAGAUUUUCGCAACCUGUGGAAGAGCUCACAAUUCAGCUUUGUUUUGAAGAGCAUCACUCCUCCACCUCUUUGACCAAACUGAAAACAGAGCGAAGCCAACAGCAGCCAACCAUGGGAGCGAUUGGUUCCAAAUCACUAACCAAAUACAGCAAGAGUGAGAUUGCUGACAUUGUUGCCGCGUAUGGCUCUGGAUAUCAGUGCUACGUGAAGGAGAUUGCCGGCAAUUGCAUCGACGGAGAGCUUCUGGCAUCCCUGUCUGAACAAGAGUUUGUGGAAACUGUUCUUGAUGACUUGAAGGUUACAAACCGAAUUCACAGGCGCAAGUUUCUCCAUGUGUUUCGUUCUGCCGUAUUUGGUUCCGCUGAGGAUGUUUCAGCCUCCCAAUCUGUUAAGCCAAGAAGGGGAUCGCUCACUAGCACUGCUUCAAGUGGGCGAAUCUCUCGUCAACGACGAUGCUCUCUCAACCAUCAACAGAUUGCACUUCUGGCAAGCACGGUGUCUGCUUCCCCUGAUCCGAUUAAAAGAUCCAUGACUCCUCCUGGUCUCCGCUCCAAGACGCCAAUGGCAUCAUCCCCAGCUCUUCGAAGAUGUAUGACUCCAGUUCCGCCUGGCCAGGCAUCAAACGACGCCACUCAGCAAAGCGCCGCCAAGAACAACUUCGGUUCCGCUGCGAGCCGUAUGAGACGACGAAGAUCAUGUUCUCCUGGCAUGGUGAUUCCGUCGCGACAAAGGUCUUGUUCGCAAAGUAAGGGCGUGGUUUCCGAAGAGCAGACAAAUCUUGAGUCCUCUGCAUCCUCCAUGAACCUCUCUUCCCUGGUCGCACCAAGGAAUGUCUCCCCCCAUAACCGUCGAGCGUCGUUUAGUGACCCCAAGUUGUUGAAAGCUUUUGUCAAACCCACGCGGCGGAGAUCCUUCACGACACGAAACUUCAGCAAGAUAAGCACCUCACCUUCACAAAGGCGGCUGAUGGAGGAAGGAAGGGGUCUCGACGAAGACAGCAGCACUGCAGAUGAAUCUCAACUCUCGCACUUCCUGGAGGAGAUGAAUCUGGAGGAGGAGAUGAAUGACAGUUUCUUGGAUCAGUCGUUGCAAUCACUUUCGCAAUCACUUUCGCAGUCUCAGUCUCACUCUUUCAAUACUGUCGGACAAGAUGAGCAGUCUGUUGAGCAGUCUGUUCUGAUUGAUGAUAUGCUUGCUCUCUUUGAUCGUCAGUAUCAGGAGAACGAGUCGCUACGAGAAAGCAUGUCCCGACUGGAAGUGGAAUCGCUGCAGUCUCGAAAGUGUUCCCAUGCCCCCAAAUCCGGCAAGGCGGCCAUCGUCUUGACCGAUGUCGAAGGUUCCACCGCCCUUUGGGAAGCCGACCCGAAUGCCAUGCGCAAGGCUUUGGAAGUGCAUGACAAGAUUGUACGCCAAAUCUGCUGCGAAUACUUCGGAUACGAAAUCGACACGGAAGGUGACGCCUUCUUUCUUGCCUUUCACGAAGCCAGUGAUGCCGUCUCGUUUGCUCUGGACUUGCAGGAAGCCUUGAACGGUGCUUCAUGGAGCGACGAUAUUUUGCAUUUGCCUUGGGCCCGCGAGGCGCAAGGUCGACGAGGACUCCGUGUGAGAGCAUCUAUCGGUUGGGGCGAUGUGGAAGCUCGUCAGAAUUCUCUCACGGGGCGGACCUUUUAUGUGGGCCAAGCCUGGGACAUUUCGCGAAAGAUUGGUGACUUGGCCAAGGGAGGGCAAAUCCUGUGCAACGACGAGACCUGGCAAUGUGCUCUGCGCAGGCUGGACUCGGACCUUUGGGACUUUCCCCUCGUGGCCAACCUGGGAUUGCACCCCGUAUCCUGGUGCGGAUACACCUUCAAUCACAUUCUCGAGCUUGCCCCUGCUUCCAUGCCUCUCGUGCAUGAUCCAGCGCCCAAGACAAAAUGUGACUGCCGUGGUGCUUCCGAGAAGAAGGGCUUGCGUCGCAUCAGUACGUCGGAUGCCGCCUUGAAUCUCAAUGAUACAGCAAUGGCUGAAGAUCAAAGUGAACAGAAGAGGCUACAGCAGCGUCGUUCUGUGGCCAUAUGCGAGAACAUGGCAGAAUUCUUGGUGUCACUGGACGACGGGACCAUCUUUUUCUAAGCAACGACAGGUGCCAGGUUCCAGCACCCACCAGUCAGCGAUGUAGAUGAAGCCAAUAACAAUAGACUCCAGCUAGCUAUCAUUAUCUUGAAAGGUAUACAUCGUUGACCCUUGCUGCGUGACCAGCCGUGCUCAAUGAUCAGU